GGAUUUCUCCCUUUGGAUCUGAGCAAAACCUCGCGGCGCAAAACGCGACAUAGCCCGACUGACGACGAAAAGCGAGCCGCCGUACCCGUCCCUGCAAUAUUUAAGCUGCGACCCUCAGCACCUAGCAGCCAGCCAUCGCGGUAGCGUACGCUAUAGUCCCACCGGCGAACCACCUCGAUCAGCCUCAUUCGCGCCCUCGUCGAGACGAUCAUGCCUACACAAUUACCCCGCUGAACAUCACGAAGCGCGCGUCCGGCCCCGGGAUUCCACCCGUCUCCCCUUUCAGGCACAGAAAGCCCAGCCAUCUCCGCCUUCUCCCGCCACUAGACACACGCACGGGACUUGUCGCCAACGACCUCUCAAUCCCGUGGCACGCCUUUCCCACCGCCACCUUCGCCACGAUAACAACGCGCCGCCCAUCAUGUCAUCGUCCUCGGGGACCCCAGAAUCAUGGAUAUCCUCCUUUUGCAAUCUGAUUGGCCACGAGUACUUUGCCGAGGUAUCAGAGGAGUUUAUCGAGGACGACUUUAAUCUGACGGGCCUGCAGACACAGGUCCCAAUGUACAAGGAGGCCUUGGAGAUGAUAUUGGAUGUCGAGCCCGAGGAUGACGAAGACGACGAGGAUGAAGACGAGGAGGACGAGAUUGACGAAUCCGGCGAUGCCGGCGGCUCGAGGCAUCACGGCGAGCGGCGGCACCACAGCCGCAUAGCGAGCGACCUAUCAGUCAUCGAGUCCUCGGCCGAGCUGUUGUACGGCCUGAUCCAUCAGAGGUUUAUAUGCUCGCGAGCUGGAAUACAGCAAAUGUCGGAGAAGUACGAGCUCGGCCACUUUGGCCACUGCCCCCGAACCAACUGUGGAAUGGCUAGGACCCUGCCCGUCGGUCUCUCGGACAUUCCGGGCUCAGGAACCGUCAAGCUGUUCUGCCCAUCAUGCCUGGAUGUCUACGUCCCACCCAACAGCCGCUUUCAGACAGUUGACGGCGCAUUUUUCGGCCGGACCUUUGGCGCUCUUUUCCUGCUCACCUUCCCCGAGUUUGACCUGAGCAAGCACGGGGCAGACGUGCUGGCGGGCUCGCACUCGGGUAGCAGCAUGCGCCUGACGGAUGACGGCGGCGGCAGCGUAAUCAAUGGCAUGCAUGCGCGCAACGUUGCGCCAGGCCUGGGGCGCGGCAAGAUCUACGAGCCUCGCAUCUACGGCUUCCGCGUGUCGGAGAUGGCGCGAUCCGGGCCUCGUAUGCAGUGGCUGCGCGACAAGCCCGACGACGUGGUCAACGAGCUGGACGAGGCUCGCCGUUUCGCCGAGGAACAACCCGACUCCGACGACGACGACGAGAGCAUGAACAUGAACGGUAACGGCAACGGAAGCGCCACAGGAACUGGCAGUGGCAAUGGACGCCUGGCGACACGGAGACGGCCACCGGGCAACUCGCGCCUUCGUCAACAGCAACAGCAGAGGCGGCAGAACGGGAGCCCAAUGACAGUAGAGGCCAACGGCGCCGAGUCAGAACUAUGACUGGAUUCACGCCCAUCUGCGCGCUCGGUCUGAUUUCCCACCCCUUGUCAUGCUGCACGGACGACUAUCGUGACGUGACGGACGUAUGCAGAUGUCCUGGUUGUCUCGACCUGUCUCAAACGCCCCGUGAUAAUCAUACUGGAGCACAACAAGCAGAGGAAGCGCGCGUGGGCAGGCAGGGUAGGGCAGCGUGAAUUUAGAUGUCGGAGCAAAGGUCUCGUCACGGUUGAUAUGCGAUCUCUCGAGCCUUGAGUAUACCUGUUCCGUUUUCGUGUCCUGCCUUUUGCCUCUUUGUCCUCUUUGUCCUCUUUCCUUCCUCCCUCAGUCUUUUUCCUUACGAUCAUCGGUGUUUUGUUUGCAUUGGUCGGCGUUUUGCCUGCUGCUCAUUGCGCAACUACCCACGUAUCGACGCAAAACUGUAGUUUGGUCGUGGCCGUCGUGCAGGUGCGUGUCUCUGCCAUACAAUACGUGUUCCCGGUUAAAAUGUAUGAUAUUGGCGUUGCGUUAAACGGGGGGGCAUUCGAGUUUUGUUCUUUCUUCUUGUGCAGGAGAGGUGGGACCCUGGAUGGAAAAGAUAAGGUGCCGAACGAGUCUUUGAUUCUGUGCCGCGGGGGGCGCUGGGCCUGUGAUGCCUCGCUGACAGUGAGUCUCGGCCGAGCUGUUUCUGCGCCUCCCCCGGCCUCGACUGCGACCCUCGAUCUUUCUCAUCUGCUACUUGCACCAUGGCGGCUGACGAAGGGCAAAGACGCUUACAAAACAGAUAGAUUGCGUAAUUAUAUGUACACCUCAGAUGGCGGCGCAUCAACUUGGCUGCAGCUGACCGAUCUGGUAUACCCCUGGUGUCUAGUUGUGCUCGGCACAUCUUCCAGUGACGGGAAAGCCGCC